CCCGCGGGGAACGGGCGGCGGCGGGCGGUGCCUCCCGCCGCGCCGAGCACGGCUUGCCCCUCACAAACAUGGCGGCGCUUCCGUCGCGGCUGGCGGCGCGGCAGGGGAUGGGUGCCGCGCGGGGACACAAAGCCUCGAGGCGCCGCGGCGGGCGCGCGGCACGUGCCGUGGCCCGAGCGCCCAGCGCUGAGCCGCGACGGCCAACAGACACCGGUGCCCUGGGCUGCCGCGGGGCCGCGCCGCGCCUCCCGGGGGCUCUCAGCGUCCCCAGCCACGUCCCCCGAGAGGGCUCAGCCCCCCUCCCGGCCCCUAGGAGGGGCCCAGCCCCAUCUGCCACGUCUCCCUGAGGGGUCCCCGGCUCCCUGGCCACAGCCCCCCAGGAGGGUCCCAGCCCCAUCUGCCAGGUCCCCCUGAGGGGUCCCAGCCCCCCUUCGGGACAUCCCCCCAGGAGGGUCCCAGCUCCCCUGGCCACAGCCCCCUAGGAGGGGCCCAGUCCCCCUGGCCAUGUCCCCUCGGGGGGUCCCAGUCCCCCUGCCCACAGCCCCCCAGGAGGGUCCCAGUCACCCCUGCCAUGUCCCCCGAGGCAUCCUGGCCCCUGAGGCCUCGUGCGGGGGCAGCUGUGUGCCCCCAGGCAGCGGUGCUGUGGGCACGUGGCCCCCGAGCGUGGCCAUCUCUCCAUCACCCCAUGCCGUGCGGAGCGCAGCCUGACCAAGGAUCCCUAUGUGGCCUCCAGCUGCAGGGCUCGGGCCCCCCCGGAGCACCCCAGCCGGCCUGGCCUCACCUCGUCCCGCCUCAGCCUCCCACAGCCGCACGUCUCCAGCACCCGGCCCCAGGGGGUAGCAGAGCCACACGAAUCGGGUCACGCUCGGGCAGCCAGGGCGCAGCCUACCUGUGUGGCCCCACCGGUGGGGCGAGAGAUGGCUCCGCACGGCAGCAGCGCAGCGGGAGAGGCCAUCUGCCCCAUCUGCCAGCAAGGGACACCGGCCCGGCGGCCCCCGUGCUGGGAGCCGUUGGCCCUGGUUCUGAUGCAGCUUUCAAACACCCGGCAGUUCCGCAGGGCGCGGCGGGGCUGCCCAGCGGGCUGCAGCUACGGCGGUCUCCCCGCUCCUUUGGCCCCGCUGUUUUUCCUGAGCAAGCAAGGCCUGUUGGGUUUUGUCACCUCCUCACAGCAAGUGCAGCCACCUGCUUGGGAAAGGCAGCGGGUCAGGAAAAAGAAAUGGAUUUAAAUGGCUUUUCUUGAAGAUGUUCUCAAAACAUUUUCCUGUUUUGAGACGCUGUGAUUUUUUUCCAAGAGCAAAAAGACCCUGACCCUUCCUGGGCAUGUAAUGAUUCCAUGCACCUUCUGAGACGUGCUGUGUCCUGCCUGCCGCUGGUGCGGACACAGAUGCGUUCCCCCUGCCUGCUCCUGCGGCCCCUUGUAGAUGCACAUCCUUGGAGCUCGGGGUUAAAGAGGCUGCAUCGCCCGGCGAGUCCUGGAUGGGAAGCCCCCAAAGUCUCUGUGCUGCUCUAGAUCUGGUCUGGUGUCAUGGACGUGAAGCUGCAGCCCCCUCCCGCGGGCCUGGGAUAGCGAGUACUAUGGGGAGAGCGCAGGGGAUGCUGAGGUUCAGAUCCACGAAGGGGCAGAGCUCUCCACCCCGGCGCUGCGUGGCCCCAGGACGGAGGUGUGGAGGCAAAGCUUCCCGCUGCGGGUGGGCUGGGGGAGCCGGGGUCAGCCAGCCUGUCGCGGGAACAAGCAGGGGACAGCUACUGCCUGCACCCGCUCCGGCUGCUUCCCGUCCGCCCUGCGGCUAUACGGGGGCAGGAGGGAACAACCCAAACUCCCCUUGCUCUGCAGCCAAACGCAGCAGCAAGGGCCAUUCCUGGCACUGGAGAAACCCACUAGAGCUGGCUGGGCCCCAAAGAGCUGAAUGUAGGGGACGGUCCCCCUGCUUGCCGGGCUCUCUGAGCACAGCCGGGGCCCCACGCUGCACACCAGGCUUUGGGGUUUUGUUUUUAUUUUUGAUUUUUUUGAAGCAAAGGAGGCAGCCGUAAGGCACCCUCGGGCAAGCGGGGGUUGGCACUGGCCUGGGCCCGGCUGUGCUGCUGGAGGAGGCUGACAGCAGAGCUCGAGGCUGCCGCCCCACAGCCCGCCUCAGCCGGGCAGCAGGGUCUUUGCUUCUGGUUUCUCUUCCUGCGCUGGUGCAGACCAUCCCCUUCCCUUCCAUUUCCUCUCCCGUGGGCUGGGGAGGAGCAGGAUGGUUCCAACACACCAGAGGCUCCUGGCAGGGGAGGCCCAAGGCACCCGAGUGCCUCUGUUGCAGACAGCGCUGACCCCUCUGUCCCCGCAGGAGAUCAUCGACCUGACCUGCGAGGAGGCGAGCGCAGAACCGGCGCCAUGCGCCAGCCUCACCAUCAUUGACCUGACGGAGGAGGAGGAGGAGGACCCAUGCAGCCCUCCCGACGCUACAGGCUGUGCUGGUCGGGACCCCGGGCAAGCACCUGCUUCCCAGGCAGCGUGCGCCUCCCUGCCCAGGCUCUGCCUCCCCACCAAGCAAGAAAGGGAGGAGUCGGUGGAGCAGAGGCCUGCAGGGCCCUCCCACGGCACCCCCGCAGAGCCUCUCUCCGCCACGGGUGCAGCGGAAAGCGCUGGGAGUGGAGGCAGCUUCUCUCCUGCCUCCAGCUGCCAAGGCUCUUCGUGCAGCCCUGGGCAGAACUGCAGCACCACCACUUUUAACAGUGACUUGGGCUCCCUGGCCAGCAUGCCGCUGGACUCGGACCAGCUCUCCCUGUCCCCCUCCAGCCUGGACAGCAGCUGCAGCUGGAGAGCCUGUGGUGCAGAGGAAGAGACUCCCCCCAUUUGCCAGCAAAGGGAGCUCCCCCCAAGCCUGAGUCCCGCCCCAGCGGGAGCCAAAAGGCCUAUGCUGGAAGCAAGUGAUGUGGCACCACGUGCAGCGACGCAGCAAGUGGCCCCAGCCAGGACCCGGGCUGACAGCAAGGCCUGGCUGAACAAACUGCUCUAUUUCAGGAGGACCGGAGUCCAUCACCUCUUCCUCCAAGACAUAGCGCCUGACAGAGAAAUGCGGCAGCAGAAACCGGAGCUCAUCCCCAGCGGGAAGAUGAGCAUGGUGCACACCACCAUUGAGGAGAACUUCCUCGAGGGCACGUUGCAUUUCCUGAGCGAGUUCGUCUCCUGCCAGCACUGCCCUCCUAAAGACACCGUGUCCUACCUGAUCAGACAGAUCCUGUUGAACUCCCGCCGGGGGGAGAUCCUGAAGGACACCUACAUGCUGCUGAUGAAAAUCCAAAUGCUCCAUCCAGCCAAUGCCGCCACAGUGGGAUGGGACUGGACACUGCUGAAAUACAUCAUGGAAGACCAGGAGAAGCCUCCUGGCCGACUCCUGUUCCUGGAGUACGUAGUGCAGACCCUGGAGGACGACUUCCAGCAGAACCUGCGGCUGCACCUCCUGCAGAAGUCGAUUGCCAAGAAAGUGCUUUCCUGUGACAUGUGCUUCAGCAAUGUCAAGGAGGUGGUCGAAUGGUUGGCUGCAGCAGUUACAGGAGUCGGGUUCUCCCAGCCCCGAGGGCAACCACAAGAAACCAUGACUUCUUUGGCAGAAGCAAGAGCCGAAUGCAGCUCAUCUGCACCAUGGCCAGACUGCACUGACCAGACAGAGGCGGCUCCACCAGCCUUCUUCUCCCAGAAGGUGAUGCUCCUGCUCCAACGCAUGUUGUCCAUCGCAGUGGAAGUGGACAGAUCUCCCAACUGCAGCUCCUGUAAAAUCGCAGAUGUGAUAUUCCCUUUUAUACUGAAUAUUCCUGUGAGGAGCCAAAGGGAAGCCUUCUUGAACACCAUGGACAGCCAGCUCCUGCGCUGCAAAGUGCUAGAGCUGAUGUUCCAGCACAGCUGCGAAGUGCCCACAAACAUGCCCUUGUCUCUGGCCAAGAUCCUGUAUUUCCUGAGCCACUCCUCUGUGCUGCUGCAAUACCAGGAAGAAGCAGCAACAUGGGAAAGAUGGGAUGAGAUGCUGCAGUACUUGAGUUUGCUGCUGCUGAGUUAUCAAAAUGUAGUACUGGGGCACUUACGGAGCGCACUCAGUGAGCGGAUGGACUUAAUCAUUAAAAAAGCCAAGCCCAAGCUCCAGGAUGAUGAUGACAUCACCCAGCUGGACAUUCACCUGAACAUAGAGGACUUCCUCAGCCGACUGCAGCAGGUCCUGGGGGAGCCCUUCCCCCUGCAGAUCGAGGAGAAAGUGUGCAUGCUCCGAGAGUUGCUCCUUAUCAUCACUGCUACGUGAUGGAAACAAGUACUGUGGCAGGGGUCACAAAGGGCCUCCUCUUUCCUUUACAAGCUAUGCAGUAAAAACUCUCCAUUUUAUGCUGCAACCUCAACUGUCAUCCAUCACAUGGUUUUGUUUAUACAUUUGUAUGGAACAUCUCUGAUUUGCCCAGUCUCAGAGCUUCCUCUCAAACUUGUCUCUUGUCCUGCAGUUUUACAAGGCACUUUGUACACUUCUAAAAAAUAAAUUAUUUUCAUAUUU